AGACAGAUGGAGGUGGCUGGCCAGGCGGGAGCCUGAGGCAACCUCAGCCAGGAAUUGCAGGGGUGGGGGUGGCAAGCAGCCAUGGUGCCUCAGCCUAAGUGGCUUUUAGGGGCAGCUGCCGGGAUAUGGGCACCCAGGGGGCCAUGGCCCAGGAGACUGCCCAGAGGCGGGCCCUGUGCUUGGGUGGGGGCAGGGGAGCCCAGGCCAAGGCCCCAGAGAGAGGAUAGGGAGAGGAGGACUGCGCCAAGCCUGCUUCUACUGCUCACAUGGGGAAUUGCCUGGGCUGGCUGUGCCUGACCCCUGGGAACCAGGUGGUGCAGAGGAUCAAGGCUGUGGAGGGGCAGACCCGGUUGCUGGUGGUGGACCAGGAGACAGAUGAGGAGCUCCGCCGGCGGCAGCUGACCUGCACUGAGGAGAUGGCCCAGCGAGGGCUCCCGCCCGCCCACGACCCCUGGGAGCCAAAGCCAGACUGGGCACACAUGGGUGGCUGCAGCUCCGACGCUGGCAAGAAGGUAUGGCGGGCUCGGCCCGCAGGGACCACCCUCGCCUCUCCCAGAGGCUCUCUUGGCUUUCGACGACCAUCUUUGCCUCUGAUCAUCUCCAGAAGUCUUGGUCUCUUCUGCCUUUUGGGGCCCCUUUUCUGCCCCAGGGACCAUCCUGUUGGCUACUAG